AUGUUGGGUUGGCAGCGGAAAAGAAUGUCCAAAAGUGAGAGGGGUAGAACGAUAACUUUGCCGUCGGCGGUUUCGUUAUUCCUUCAUUAUUUCCUCAGUGAUUUGUUUAUUAGCGUCCGCUGUUUCUGCGCCCUUCCCGAAUUAAAGGCAGCCUUUUGUCAUCGUCAUUGUUCGUGUUCGAUUACAGUAUCUGCUUGCCUUUAGUACUGAAAAGUUAAUUGGGGAGGCAGCGUCUCAGAUUUUUGGGUGGCGAAAGACUGUGAUCAGAACCGGCCGAGGAAAUAUCUGCCUGUUUUUUCCAGCCAAGAGAGAAGGAGAAAAGGAACAUCCCUUCUUCUGAUAAACUAUUGCAACAAAGGAUGUUAUAUGCUAACUUUUACACAUGGGCUUAUGCUCUUAUUUUAUUGAUACUCCUGAAAGCAGAAGCAAACUUCGUAGAUAUUACAUAUGUUGAAAGUGCUAUACCCAAAGGUGCAGUAUGUUUGGAUGGAAGCCCUCCAGCUUAUCAUCUAUCCCCAGGUUUUGGAUCAGGUGUCAAUAAUUGGUUGGUCCAUCUUGAGGGAGGAGGGUGGUGCAACAACAUAACAACUUGUCUAGCUCGAAAGAACACCCGUUUAGGUUCUUCCGGACAAAUGGCAAAACAGCUUGCCUUUUCAGGGAUCUUAAGCAAUACCCAAUCAUUUAAUCCAGACUUCUACAACUGGAAUAAGGUCAAGGUUCGUUACUGCGAUGGUUCAUCAUUCACGGGAGAUGUAGAAAGAGUUGAUCCUGCUACCAAUCUUCAUUACAGAGGAGCCAGAGUGUGGCUUGCCGUGAUGGAAGAACUACUUGCAAGGGGAAUGAGCAAGGCAGAAAAUGCUCUUCUUUCUGGCUGUUCAGCUGGAGGAUUGGCUUCCAUACUCCAUUGCGACAGCUUUCGCAACCUUCUUCCAGCAAGUGCCAAGGUUAAAUGCCUUUCAGAUGCUGGUUAUUUCAUAAAUGUGAAAGAUAUUUCUGGAGCUGAACACAUCAAGGCCUUCUACAAUGAUGUGGUGACAACACAUGGAUCAGCAAAGAACUUGCCUUUAUGCACUUCGAUGAUUGAACCUGGGAUGUGUUUUUUCCCACAAUACAUGGCUCAGGAGAUAGAGUCACCACUGUUCAUUUUAAAUGCAGCUUAUGACUCAUGGCAGAUAAAGAAUAUUUUGGUACCGACGGUUGCUGAUCGUCAUGGUAGUUGGCAUAACUGCAAGCUUGAUAUAAAGCUGUGCUCUUCAGCUCAACUUCAAAUAAUGCAAGAGUUCAGGCUGGAGUUUCUGAAUGCAGUGAAUGGAUUAGGGACCCCAUCCUCUAGAGGUCUGUUCAUCAAUUCAUGUUAUGCCCACUGCCAAUCAGAAAUGCAGGAGACAUGGUUCCUUCCCAAUUCUCCUAUGCUUGACAAGAUACCAAUUGCAGAGGCAGUCGGAGACUGGUUUUACAAUCGAAGCGCCUUCCAGAAGAUUGACUGCCCAUAUCCUUGUGACUCAACUUGCCACAACAUUUCUUUACAGGACAACUCAGAAGCAUAGCAAUUAAUUCCUCCUCCAUUCAUUCUUCUAAUUGUCACGUUAUUUUUGUUGCAUCAAUCCAAGCUCGCAUGAGCAGGAAAUAAAUAGUGUCUUCCAGAAUAAGAUUAGUGUCUUGCAUUACAGGACAGUUAUUCACAAUAUAUAUGUACAAGAGUUCAAUUUCUCUUGAUAUUUUACAGAUUUAACAAAGGAAACAAUACAGGCUUAGCAGAUA